AGUUCCGUGUCCGCGAUGUUGCCAUGGCACGACGGCACUAUCUUGACUAAGCGUUUAGUCGUGGCCUUCGAUCGAGUGUCGAGUGUUUCCACGCACCUUAUCCUAACGCCGGUAUGGCAAUCGUCAGUCGAGGAACGCCAGAUGUACGCUAGACCACGUCUCGCGAGGCACUAUUACACUACGCUGCAACGCGCGUGGUGUGCACCUACCGCUGGGCCUGUGCCCACCUACCUAGAAGUCGGCUGCAAACAAGACAAUGCCAAUUGUGACGCUGGCAUGUCCACGUCGUGUCAGCUAGCGGUCGGUGGCCGCGGCCAGGACCACCCACUAGCUCUCGGUGAGGUGCUCCGGGUGCGCGUCAACGUUGUGGGGACGCGCUUGUUCACAUGGCUCUCGUUCGAUUUGAGCAGCCCACCUCCAGGCGACAAGAAAAGCACGAUCCAAAUAUGGAGGAUGUCUCCCGGCAACAAGACGAUCCGCUGGAACACUUAUUGGAAUGGCAACAUACCGGAUGCCGGCUCCGGUCUACCAAUUGACGACGGGGACGGUCCAUAUCCCAGUGAGAUGUUUCCCGGGGGCCAGCAUUCGUUCAUGGUUGCGCGCCGGCCAGCUGACGCCGGCACACCAGAGCACCUGGCUGUUUGGCUGGAGGAGCGGCCUGACCGCGUGGCUAGGGUCAAAGUUCUAGACGGUUGCGAUCGCCUCCGUGUGUCGACUUUUGUCGGCUCCGUUUCUCCCGUCUUUUAUAGCGGGAAGGAUCUGAGCGAGUGCGGCCAGGGCAUGACACUACCCAUCGGCAAGAAGGUUCGCGUCGGAGUGACUGUGUACGGGUCGGACCAGGGACCGAAGUUCCGCAUGAGUCGUGCCUCCGACUCUGAGGACGGCGGAAGUACUGUCGCCGUUACCGGGAUAUCAGGGAACGGGUGGUCCUUCUCGGCGUUCGGGCCCAACGGUGAUCCGGCCAGCAGUCACGAUGAGCAGCCUGGCCGCGGCCGCGACCGCUUCGGUCAGCCGCAGAUGGCCCCACGUCUUCCCGAGGGCGAGCACCUGUUUGUGGUAGAGCGUCGGCCCACCGAGAUGGCUGUGUGGCUCGAGUCGCGGCCCGACCUCGUCGCCACGGCCCCCGUGCUCGACGACGCCGUGAAACUGAGCGUACAUUCCAUCAUCAACCUUGUUCUGUACGAGCAGGUCAAGUAGACAAGUCCACGUGUGGCGAUGUAGUUACCUUUCCGCAUCUCUUAACGUUCGAUGAUGACAUGGGCAAUGUAUACAGUGAUUUUCUGACCAUUCACUUACACUAAUGUUCUUAAUAUGUAUUCAUUGAUUUUAUAAUUUACGAAACUUUGCUCCAAUAUCAAAUAAAACUUGCAUUGGAGCUUUAAUCACGGUUCCUUUUAUACAGUCCAACAAGGCAUAAUAAAAAUAGAUUUAAAAAAUA